CAGAAUCCAUCAGUUUCUCUGUGUAACCAGAGAUUUGGACAUCACAUUCAACGAGACAAACGACAAAACCUAAUAGGCUGCGUGUUGUACUAUAUAUUGUUUAUUUCAAAAACUGAAAGCAAAGAGCUUUUAUUAUUUAAAGAUUGAUUGUGAUUUUAACUUCGGAGAGAGAGAGAGAGACAAAAAAUAUAUGAAUUUUUUAACACAGAAUAAAAACAGCGAUCAGAAAGCAUUACUGUUUGGUUUAUUCUCACUUCAGAAUCAAUGCGUUUGCUGCAACUUUCUUUAACAAUGGAGGAUGAUGAAGAAGAGGACCUAUAUAUCUAUUUCUCUCUUUCUAUGAUUUAAAUGCAAUUAGAAGUCCUAAAAUGAUGAAAGAAAAGAAAGAUAUUAGGCCCGUUUUAGUCAAAUUUGGGGUGGCUUUAGCUCUUUCUUUCGCCGGAUUUCUUUAUUCUCGCUUGAAAAAUAGAAGAGGCAAAUUUUCUAAGCCUCCUCAAUCCCCCUGCUCUUCAGAUCAUGCUGUUGAAGUUGACAAGGAUAUAAGAAGAGCUGGAAUGAAGAGAACAUCCACACUAGAUAGUAUCCCGUCAAUUUCUGCAGAUAAACAUGAAGAUACAUGCAUGCCCAAAUUUGAUAAUCCUGUGGCUGUAUUCUCUCCAAGCAGUAGACAAAAUGGAGAUAAAGAUGGGUACCUCUUGCCAGAAUUUAUUGAUCUUGUGAACGAAUUUGACUUAGCUGCCACCACUGCUGGAAUAUCUCCAAAAGAAUCACCUAGGUCUGAUGUGGAAACUCCAAGAGCAGUUAGACCUGUUGAAAAGGAAGAUCACGAGCAAGAGAUUAGACAUCUGAAGACCAUGGUGAGAAUGCUUCGAGAAAGAGAGAAGAACCUAGAGUUCCAGUUGCUCGAGUUCUAUGGCCUUAAAGAGCAAGAAACGGCUAUGAUGGAGCUGCAGAAUCGAUUGAAAAUUAGUAAUAUGGAAACUAAGCUUUUCAAUCUCAAGAUCGAGUCCUUGCAGGCAGAUAAUCAAAGACUACAGGCACAAUUCGCUGAUCAUGCAAAAAUUGUUGCCGAGCUUGAUGCUGCAAGAUCAAAAAUUAAAUUGCUGAGGAAAAGGCUAAAGUCUGAAGCUGGGCAGAAUAAGGAACAUAUCUUAGUCCUUCAGAAAAGGGUAAGUAGGUUGCAAGAGGAAGAACUCAAGGCUGCUGCAAAUGAUUCAGAUAUUAAGGUGAAGUUGCAAAGGCUGAAGGAUUUGGAGGUUGAGGCAGAAGAUUUAAGGAAUUCUAACCAUAGAUUGACUUUAGAAAAUUCUGAAUUGGCUCGUCAGUUGGAGUCUGCCAAAAUCCUUGCAAAUUCUGUUCUUGAAGAUCCAGAGACAGAAGCACUAAGAGAACUUAGCGACAAGCUAAAACAGGAAAAUGACCACCUAGUAAAGGAAGUUGAGCAACUCCAUGCAGACCGAUGUAAAGAUUGUGAAGAAUUAGUUUAUCUUCGAUGGGUAAAUGCAUGCUUGAGAUAUGAAUUGCGCAAUUUUCAGCCUGCGCAUGGUAAAACAGUUGCCAGAGAUCUAAGCAAAUCCCUCAGUCCCAAGUCUGAGGAGAAAGCAAAGCAGCUAAUACUUGAAUACGCGAAUAGUGAAGAGAUGGGAGAGAAGGGGAUCAACAUUAUGGAUUUCGAGUCUGACCAGUGGUCAUCCUCUCAUACUUCCUAUGUCAUAGACUCAGGGGACUUCGAUGAUUCUGUAGUUUCACCAAAAACCAGCAACUCCAGCAAAAUCAAAUUUUUCAACAAGCUAAGGAGACUUAUUCGGGGAAAAGAAAUCCAACAUCAUAAUCACGUGUCAUCAAUGGACAAAACUGGAGUAGCAGAAGAUUCUGAUUCUCCACGUGGCAGUUCAAGUAGAUCAACAGGAACUGAUGCAGCAAGUGACGGGCAAUAUAGCAGAGUACAAAGUCUGUCCCUGGAUUUAUCUAGACAUUUUUCUAGGCAUCCUGCUGAUAUCCAGGGGGUGAAGAAUUCAAGAAUGGAUGAAAUGAAGGAUAUGGAAAUUGGCAGGAGAAAUAGUGACAUUGGAUCCUCUUAUGGGCACAGGAGAUUUUUGUCAGGCAGGUUAAAUGCGAGCCAUUUGUCACCAGAAAAUCAACUUGAGCAGGGCUCUGUCUCUGCUGAGAGAUCCGAAUUGUUGAAGUUUGCAGGAGUUUUGAAGGACUCUGGCAAUAGAACAAGAACAUUGCAUAAAAAAUCAGCAUCAGUUGAUUCAUUUGGGCCCUUUCAACGAGCAACCUCACAAUAGUUUAUGUACACUCUUACCAAGCCUUUAGCAAACAGUACAUUAAUCAGUGUAAAUGCAUCAAAUACCAUAGAAAUUAAUUUCACAAAUUGGAAGCAUUCUGAAUGACAAUAAAAUGUUUCUUCCACUCA